AUGGCGGGGCGGCUUAUGCUGGCGCUCCCUAUCCUCCUCUUCUUAUUGCUAGUCGGGCAAUGCCACGGCGGCAAGAUUGGCGUCUGCUACGGCCGCAACGCCGACGACCUGCCGGCGCCGGACAAGGUGGCGCAGCUAAUCCAGCAACAGUCCAUCAAGUACGUGCGCAUCUACGACAGCAACAUCGACGUCAUCAAGGCCUUCGCCAACACCGGCGUCGAGCUCAUGGUCGGCGUACUGAGCCGGACCGCCAUCGCCAAAACCGCGUACGCCGCAGAUCUCGGUGGGGUAGGGGCGCCGCGUACUACGGAGCGGAGAUGA